CGCUGGCGCAACAAUUUCUCUGAGAAAAAUAUGGCGACAAUUCAAAUUACCAUUGCAUUUAAUCUUUUUGUUUUUUGUACUUAUACAACUGGCGUUAUCGAAGCAAUAUGCGAUAACGAUGACGAGUGUUGCCCUGUAGACAAACGACCACAAAAUUCUUGUUCACCUCUUGUCUGCUGUUCCUAUCUCCCCGAAGAAUUUGUUCAUUGCGAUGAACCGAAAGAUUUUUCCAAUAACGCAUCGGAGGCUGCAAGGCUUGGAUACGGAUGUACCAAGUAUGGUGGUGGCUCAAGAUACGAGGAUGUGAAUCAUACAAAAGUUGUCUGCCACGUCUUGUCUGGAGUGGAAUGCUAUGGAGAAAGAAUGUUCUUUAAACAUGGUGUUCCAUGCAUAAAGUACAAUGGUCAUUAUUUUCUUACAACGCUUCUUUACUCUCUACUUCUUGGAUUUCUUGGUGUGGACAGGUUUUGCCUCGGUUGGACUGGAAUAGCAGUUGGUAAACUACUUACAUUAGGUGGUCUCGGUAUUUGGUGGAUUGUUGAUAUAAUGUUACUUAUCACUGGUGCAUUGAAGCCAGAAGAUGAUAGUAAUUGGGUGCCAUAUUAUUAAAACAAUUAUUUGUUCGUUGUGAAAAUUAUGAUGCAGCACUCGACAGUUGAACAGAUUUAUUAGCAAUAAGGACAUGGUUAUUUAAAUUACGUAGAGAAUUACUCUUUAACAGCAAUCCAUUUAAAAAUUAUUUCGAUUCGAAAUAACUUCAUAGCAAUGCUAGAAAUUUCCAAAAUACAUGUAUUAACAUUUGCAUUGUGUUUAAGUUAUUUUGAAAUGUAAAUACAUCUAAUAUUAUGUUGUUGAAAUUUCUUUUGACAUCUGUUAAAUUACAUGACUGUUGACUGAUCACAAAAAUGCUCUUUGUACAAAUUUAUAAAGUAUGUGAUAUAUUAAAGCAUUGAAAAUGAUGUACAUAAAUAAAAAAAAUGUUUUAAAAA